AUGGCAGGUGGAGCAAUGGUGCAUCAAGGAGGAGAAAUGAAGCACUACGCAGGGAAGGUCACCUCCUUCGUGGUGUUCACCUGCAUCAUGGCCGCCUUCGGUGGGCUCAUCUUUGGCUACGACAUAGGGGUCUCGGGUGGGGUCACCUCCAUGGACGUCUUCUUGAAGACCUUCUUCCCUUCGGUGUUUGCCAAGCAGCAGCUUGAUGCUAGCCAUGAGAACCAGUACUGCAAAUUCGACAGCCAGCUCCUCACCGUCUUCACGUCAUCCUUAUACGUAGCCGGACUGGUGGCGUCCUUCGCCGCCUCGGCAGUGACCAGGGUGUCCGGCAGGAAGGCAUCCAUGAUCUUCGGAGGCUUAACCUUUCUGGUUGGUGCAGCCAUUAAUGGAGCUGCUCAGAAUGUUGCCAUGCUCAUCAUAGGUCGUCUUCUUCUUGGUGUUGGGGUCGGCUUCGCCAACCAGUCUGUUCCAGUUUAUCUCUCAGAAAUGGCGCCAACCAAGAUCAGAGGUGCACUCAACAUGUGCUUCCAAUUAGCCAUCACCAUUGGAAUUUUUGCUGCAAACCUGGUGAACUACGGGACCAGCAAGAUCAAUGGCGGGUACGGUUGGAGAAUUUCCCUUGCAUUAGCAGCAGUUCCGGCGAUAAUCAUGCUCGCCGGCACACUUUUCCUGCCGGAUACACCCAACUCCCUCAUCGAGCGCGGCCACAAAGAGAAGGCGAAGGCCAUGCUGCAGAAGAUCAGGGGGGUCACCAAUGUGGAUGAUGAAUUGCAGGACCUGGUUGACGCCAGUGAGGCCUCCAAGCAAGUGAAGCACCCAUGGGCCAACAUCCUUGAGAAGAAGUACAGGCCUCAGCUUGUCAUGUCGAUUGCCAUUCCUCUGUUCCAGCAAUUCACCGGCAUCAACAUCAUCAUGUUCUACGCACCGGUGCUCUUCAAGACCCUAGGAUUCGGAGAUGAUGCUUCCCUCAUGUCGGCGGUCAUCUCCGGCCUUGUCAACGUCAUUGCCACCUUCGUGUCCAUCGCCACCGUCGACAAAUUCGGCCGGCGGGCCUUGUUCCUUGAGGGAGGCACCCAGAUGUUCAUAUGUCAGGUCCUUGUAGGAAUCGUCUUGGGCAAGACGUUCGGAAUAUCAGGCACCGGCCACCUGACCAAGGGCACGGCCGACUUCGUCCUCUUCCUGAUCUGUGCGUACGUCGCUGCAUUCGCCUGGUCAUGGGGUCCUCUCGGAUGGUUGGUUCCCAGUGAAAUCUUCCCGCUGGAGGUCCGAUCUGCUGGGCAAAGCAUCAAUGUGUCUGUGAAUCUCCUCUGCACCUUUAUCAUUGCGCAGGUCUUCCUUACAAUGCUCUGCCACUUGAAGUUUGGCCUCUUCUUCUUCUUCGCCGGGUGGGUCCUCCUUAUGACCGUCUUCAUCUUCUUCUUCUUGCCGGAGACGAAGAACGUUCCGAUUGAAGAGAUGGUCUUGGUGUGGAGGCAGCACUGGUUCUGGGGGAAGGUCCUGCCAGAUGAGAGUGUGGGCAGCGUCUAA